GAUGAGGCGUGUGGCAUUGGCGUGAGGUUGGCGCUGGCGGCUGAGGUGACUCGGCGGACGGGAAGAGAGUGGGCUGGCCUGGGUCUGGGAGAGCUUCGAGGCAGUCUCUUGCAGGUUGUGGUGAGGGAGGGUGUACGCUGCUUGCCUCUCUGCCUGCCGUACACGUGCAUUGCCCUCCUCCUCCACUAUCUCUUCCUUCUCUUCCCCUUCCUCCCCCCAUACACCUGUCUCAGCUCAUCCCCAGAGUAGCUACAGGUGUAACGCGAAGAUGGCGGGGACGAGGCGAGUCCGCUGGUGCCCCCUCGCCUGCUUCUUGCUUGUGUCCGUCUGCCUGCUGGGACAAGUAGACGCGGAGACCCAGCGGCGCUUCCUACAGCAAAUACUCGACAAAGACUACGACGUCAACGAGUGGCCGGGAGGAGACCUGGUCCAGCAGGGGCGGCGGGCAAAGCGAGAGGUGAAUCCCGAGGCCCUGGACCUCCUCAGGAGCCCCAGCGAGCCUACGGUGGUGUGGGUUCAACUGUUCAUCAACUCCUUCGGGUCCCUCAAUGCCGCUAACAUGGACUACAGCAUCGACGUGUUCCUGCGGCAGCGUUGGCACGACCAGCGCCUCAAGUUGACGGGAAACAGGACGAGGAUCACCGUGCAGGACCCUGUGAUGCAGGCAAAGAUCUGGAAGCCCGACACGUACUUCAACAACGUGAAGGACGCCGAGGUGCACAAGGUCACGAUGCCCAACAUCCUCCUGCGCAUCGAUAAGAACGGCGAUGUUCUCUAUAGCAUGAGGAUCACGCUCAGACUCUCCUGCAACAUGCAACUUGAGCAGUUUCCCUUUGACGACCAGAGGUGUAGCACGACCCUGGCUUCCUACGCCAACACGGACGACGUGAUCGAGUACCAGUGGGACGAGACGACAGCCAUCGACAUGCCCGACGACCUGGAAAUCGCCCAGUUCGACUUUCUGAGGGACCCCAACACGGUCGACGAUAAGCAGGUGUUCGUGACAGGUAACUUCAGCGCCCUCAAGGUGUCCUUUGACCUGCGUCGCCAAAACGGUUACCACAUCCUGCAGACCUACAUCCCCACCAUCCUCAUCGUGGUCAUCUCCUGGGUAUCCUUUUGGCUCGACCCUAACGCCGUGCCCGGCCGUGUGUCCCUCGGCGUUACCACCCUGCUCACCCUCACCACCCUCGCUUCGGGCGUCAGGGCGCAGCUCCCGCCUGUCUCCUACGUCAAGGCCAUCGACGUGUGGAUCGGCAUGUGCAUGAUCAUGGUGUUCGGCGCGCUGCUCGAGUUCACGUUCGUCAACUGGCUGGCCAACAAGAAGAUCGUCGGCGAGGCCUCCCUCGCCUUCAGGCUGCCCCUCGCCCUGUUCGGGUCGGACGAGGAAGAGGUGGGACUGGACAGUGGUGUUGGUGAUAGUGAUAAGGUUGAUAGCGAGGCUGCCCCCGAGGAAACUAACUCAGUCAAAGACCCCCAGCCUGAUGGAGACAAGCAGCCCAAGAACUACUACCACCACGCCCACGCCAUUGACCGUCUGUGUCGCGGUUUCUUCCCCGGCGCCUUCCUCAUCUUUAACCUCAUCUACUGGCCCUACUACCUCAUGCGGCCGUACGAUCCCUUGGUCAUGGAGAGCACCAACCCUACCAUGUAGACAAGCCUUGGUGGAGGUUCCUCUCGCGUCACAACACAGUAUUCACCCUCGUUUCUACUUAGAGGAGUCACUGAUGUUCUCAUGGCGACUCUCCCCUGAGAAGUACACGUCAGCAUUCACCUUCGUUUGUACUUAGAAGACUCGUUGGUGGGGUUUUUUUUAAAGUAACAUGUUUCUCCUCUUCCCCGGACUCUACAUGAACAUUCACCUUCCUUAGUACCCUCAGAGGACUCGUUGAUGUUCUCUCGAGUAUCAGGCUUCUCUUUGCUGAUGCUCUUGGAGAACCUACUCGCACAGAGGAAGAAUGAGUGAUGACCUUCUCGUGGGUCAUUACAAGGCCUUAGAGUCGGAGUAAGAGUUGUGGAGACCUUGGGGCUCAGCAUUCUAUUGAGGCCCAUAACAGAUCGAGAACCAAUGGUGAAAGGCAAAAGGCAGGUAUUCACUCCGCCCCGUCUUCGUGGUUGUGACCCUAGCAGCCCCUCCAGUCCAGCCCUUUUACUAUACCCACAUCCUCCUCGCCGAUGCUCACGGUGUAUAUGUAUUCUCCCCAUCUUCCAGACUCUUUAUCAUCUCCUGCAGGGUAUCUAUCUCCUCCUACUCUUAAAGUUCUAGCAGUGCAGAGGGUGUCCUUGAGUCACCUCUUGUUAUAUCACGCUCGAGGCUUGUAUUUAACAUUACCUGUCCACUAUGACGUGGUAACUAUAAACACAAACUUGUACAUUUUUGCGAAGUUCAACUAACUGAGGGUGGUGUAGAUGUGUUAGUCACUAGCACGGCACCUUGGAUCACUGGCUGCCUCCCGACGCUCCCUCACCUCACCUGUGGCUGAUUCACCUGGAGGAGCGACUCCCACAAAGGCUUGCUGCAUAGGAGAUCCUCGCCUUGAGACCGCCCGUCUUGUAACUUUCAUCAUUCAGGGCGGGUAACAGGGCACACAUGUCAGGGAUAGGGUUUAGGGGGGAGUGGGGAGGACUGGCGUUUGGUGACACUGCUUCAGUCCACAAUUCGAAGCAUCUGUCUCUCUUUCCAUCUUACCUUUCCUUUGCCUCACUCCGUCAUCAACUCCUGUGAGUACAAGGCUUGUUUAUGCUGCGUUGUCCCCCGCCAUUCCGUCCCUCUCUCCACUUUACCUUCCUUUGCCUACCAUCUCUUCGCCGUCCUUUUCCCCUCCUCGCUUUAUCCCUUCCUUUGCCUACCCUCUUUUCCCGUACCUCUCUCUACCUUCUCUCUCUUCGAUUAAUCUCUUCUUACCCUUCAUUUCCCUGAUCUAACUUCCUUUGCCAGCCAUCUCUUCGUCUGACUUCCCUCUCCUCCUAACCCUCCCAUAACCUUUCCUUGUUUUGCCUUUCUUUGCCUUCCACAGGGCCGUAGACCCCCCAUCUGCUGAAAGGUCCACUUUCUGAGAAAGUCAAAACGAAAACCUGGUACGAAAAGUCCCAUUGUUUUCAUUUUGACAGCAGAAAAAUGCACCCAGAAAUGUUAUUUUUUUUUCAAAACCCCAACCCUCCAGCUGAUUUGGCUCGCUUCGCUCGCCACUCGCUCCUCUUCCAGUGGUUACAACGGUCCACAUUUAGUGAAAAAAGACCUCUCCCGUUUUACAGCUCUAGGUACGACCCUGUGCCAUCUUCGCGUCGCCUUCCCUCUCCACCUAACCUUUCUCUGCCUCCCCUCUCCAUGCAUUGCCUUCCCUUCCCAUUCAUUCGAUCCUGAGGAAACUCUGCUUUCCAAAUAACGGGUGGCACAAUUACCGAUUCCCUCCUACAGUGUUUGGUGCAAAGAAUUUAUAUAUGAACUUAAACCGCCUUCCACUUACUAAUGUUCGUACAGGCAACGAUGUGGUUUCAUCUGUGUUCUGAUUGUUUGUACUAGAAAAGGUGUGUUGCUGUAGGACCCCCAAAUGGCCACAUAUUUCACGUUUGUGUCUCUUGCUGUAAUACCCCUCAUCAGCCUUUUCUGUACCCAGUUUUCAGUAGUAUCCCUUAUCAAUUCCUAUGUAAGCCCGUUUUCCCGUGGGUUCUAGACGGUGUGUGUACUGGACUACUUUCUUGGGAGGGUUGUACGCAGCGUGAGAACCCUUGAGUUUUUAGCAUGGUCACCCUGCCCCGCCGUGUCUCGUGUGCCGCAGUUAAUUGAUCCCUUCACUUGGUAACCCUCGACACCCCGCGCUGGUUUUCUAAUGAUCAGCUUAGAUUUUUUAAUGUCUCUACCUGACGCUUGAUGAAAACAGGAGUGUUGGUUUACGUAAUCUGACACGGAUAUAAAAUAAUCAAUUGAUUUUAUAUAAUUUCAUGCCAAAUUCAUCUUGUACAUAUUGUUUGCUACUUGUAUAGUUCUUCUGUGACGUUUUACUAAUAAAGUUGGCGUAUUUCACA